AUGUCCAUCGCAAUUGAGAAGAUCCUCGCCGCCAACCCCGCAACAUCGCGGGGCCAGCCUACCCAGCUGUCCACCGACCCCAAGGGCGAGAGGAUAGCAUAUGCCUCUGGCAAAUCCAUCUUCCUCCGCUCCAUCGACAACCCCGCCGAGUGCAAGCAGUACACCGGCCACACGACCAACACGACCGUAGCCAGGUUCAGCCCGUCCGGGUUCUAUGUAGCCUCCGGUGAUGUUGCCGGCACGGUCCGCGUCUGGGACGCCGUCGAGGCCGUCAACACCAAGGGCGAAUACCACAUCAUCUCCGGCCGCAUCAACGACAUUGCCUGGGACGGCGAUUCCCAGCGCAUCAUCGCUGUUGGAGACGGCCGCGAGCGCUUCGGUCACUGCAUAACCGCCGACAGCGGCAACAGCGUGGGUGAGGUCAGCGGCCACAGCAAGGUCAUCAAUGCGGUCGCCAUCCGGGGCAUGAGGCCGCUGCGGGCUGCCACCGUCAGUGAUGACAUGGCCAUGUGCUUCUUGCACGGCGCACCGUUCAAGUUCAACAGCAAGCACAGCGGUGUGCACAAGGGUUUUGUGUUUGGGGCUGCAUUCUCCCCCGACGGAAACCACCUGGUCACGGUCGGCGCAGACAAGAAGAUCCAGCUAUACGACGGCAAGACGGGCGAGCCGACCAAGAGCUUCGGAGAGGGCGAGCACACGGGCAGCAUCUUUGCCGUCAGCUGGGCCAAGGACAGCAAGAAGCUGGUGACUGCCAGCGCGGAUCAGACCGUCAAGGUGUGGGACGUCGAGGCCGGCAAGUCGACCCAGACCUGGAAGCUGGGCGGCGGCGUGAGCAUCCCCGACCAGCAAGUGGGUGUGGUGUGGCCGCAUGGACGAUCCGAUGGGCUGAUUAUCAGCUUGAACCUGGAUGGUGAUCUGACGUACUUCCACGAGGGCAAGCCCGAACCCGUCAAGGUGGUUCAGGGACACAACAAGAGCAUCACCGCCAUGGGUGCCGAUUCCGAGGGCAAGGGGUCAAAGCUGUGGACCGGAAGCUUUGAGGGCAGAGUGCUGAACUGGGAUAUUUCGUCGGGUGUUGGUGCCGUUGUUGAUGGCCAGAGCCACACGAACCAAGUCAGCCAAAUUGCCUCGAGUUCUGGCAGUGGAUACAGUGUUGGUUGGGACGACACUCUUCGAAUCAUUGACGAGUCGGCCAACACAUUUGCCGGCGAGUCGAUCAAGCUGUCAGCACAGCCGAAGGGCGUUGCCUCUACAGAGGGCAAGACUUACGUAGCUACCGCAUCGGGGAUCGAAAUCUACACCAAGGGCUCAUUGGCGGGCAAGCUCGACAUCUCUGAUGCCCAACCCACUUCCAUCGCCGCCCAUGGAUCUCUGGUGGCCGUCGGCCUUAGCAACAACGCAGUGCGAGUCUACAAGGCAGACUCUUCCAGCAACCUUGCGCAAUGCUGCGAGGCCAAGAACAGCACUGCUCAGAUCUCGGCGGUGGCGUUCUCGCGGGAUGGUUCGCACCUGGCAGCGGGCAAUUCUUCUGGCAAGAUCUUCGCUUACAAGACUUCGGACCUGUCGAUUGCUACCGAUCGUUGGUCCGCCCACACCGCGAGGGUUACUAGCAUCUCGUGGAAUGAGGCGGGCACGCAUGCUGUGAGCGGUGCGCUUGACACCAAUGUCUUCGUAUGGAGUCUUGCCAAGCCUGGCAGUCGUGUCAAGGCCCUCAACGCUCACAAGGACGGCGUAAACGCGGUGGCUUGGCUUUCUGGGGACAGGGUGGCCAGCACGGGUGGUGACGCUGCUGUUAAGAUUUGGAGCACCUCUGGACUGUAA